GCGCCUGUGCUGUGGUGAAAGUGGACGGUGGCACCAGGUUUCGCUAUCCUCUUUUCAAUCACUCCGCAGUCGCCCAAGCCCUUUCCAGGCAAGAUUGUCAAGCUGCAACCGACUGACUGACAUCUGCUCCGCUUCCUCAACAGGGGCAGAAGGAAACCCAAAACCACCCAAAACGUGCAAUUACACUGCAAUUUGACAGGUUGAUUAUCAGCGGAGGCCCUUGUCUGCCCGCCUACCCACCAAUCAGUCACCCCCCAGUGCACACACGCCCCGCCGUACGGAUUACAUACAUACAUACUCUACAUACCUCUACUUUUACAUACCUGGACCGUCCACCCCCAGCAACCUACCUACCCCCCCAGGCUCAAGAGAAAAGAGUCAAACAAAGCAAAUAAAAAUUAAAAACGUGAUUCCUCGCUUCCUUCCGCCGUCGGCACACACAGACUCGAUACAGUGCAGCGCCCAACCAGGUUUCCGCGACAAAAGGCAGCCUCUCCGCACACUCCAGAUCAAGCCUAGGCCAUCGGCACAACGCUCAAAACAGCAUCUCCACCAAUUCUACCUUUUUCAGCAUCUUCGUGGUACCUGGAACCUCACAUCCCAAAAUGGCCGACAUCACCGAUCAGCACGAACAGACCUCGCCCACCGAGCUGGACGACGCGCAUGCCGUGGGCAAUGGCAAUGUCAACAACAACGAACCCCGCGGUGUCAAGCGCGCCCGCCCGGCCACGGCCGAUGACGAUGAUGAUGACGAUGACAAGGGCGGCCGCGAGCGCCGCAAAAUCGAAAUCAAGUUCAUCAGCGACAAGUCGCGUCGCCACAUUACCUUUUCCAAGCGCAAGGCUGGUAUCAUGAAGAAGGCCUACGAGCUUUCCGUAUUGACAGGAACCCAAGUACUGCUACUCGUUGUUUCCGAAACUGGCCUGGUCUACACCUUCACAACUCCCAAGUUGCAGCCUCUCGUAACCAAGGCCGAGGGAAAGAACUUGAUUCAGGCAUGCCUAAACGCCCCCGAGCCCGCGUCUGCCGAGAAUGGCGUGGACGACUCUAAUGCGGUUGACUCGCCCGAAGAGCCCUCGAGCGCCCACCUGCCUCCCCAGCAAGGCCGACCUGGCAUGCCGCCCCAAGGACACAUGCCUCCCAACUACAUGCCCGCUGUCGGCGCAAUGGAUGCCCAGCAAGCGCAAGCAUUGGCGUAUACAAACUACGUACAACAACAAAGAGGUGGCCAAUACAUGCCUCAGCCUGGUCUGCAGCAGCAUGCCGGUCAUCAGGCAUAAUUAUAUUCAGGGCGGCUCUUUUCAUGACUUCAGCUUGCGCGAUAAUACCCAGCAUUAAUGCAUUCAUGAAGUGUCAUUUCCCCGAUUCGACAUCGUUAGGGUGCCCCUCGUCGUUGCGUACGAGGGUUAUGCCAGCUUGGCGUUCGGUUGGGGUGUUUGAUACUGUUUCUCAUCUCUUUUUUUUUUUUUUUUUUUACAACUUCUUGACGGUCCUUCCCCCCUUGUUUCAGGUUCCACGGAAUUCAUCUCAUACCCUCUUAUAUCCCAACUCUGCCGUCCGUGGGUGGCAGGGUUAAUCGGUUAAACUACUUGAUUUGUUGUGUUGGGGGCAGCAACGGUCGAUUUGCCCUGGGCAUCAGUGAGCAUCUGGGCCUGUGAAGGGCAGUACAUGCGAGCAUUCGCAACGGGGCGGGGAUCGGUAACGGUGUGAUGUAUAAAUGGCAAUGUCACGGGGUAAAUGGGAGGCUUAUUUGCGUAUGAGACGGUGGCGUCGGCUUGGUGGUAAACUUGGCGGCUCGCAUUUUCUGCGUUUCCUGGCCAGGAGCGGUUCUCGACGUUUGCUUUGGUAAAACAAGGUUCAUGUCAGGAGGGCGUGGCACGAAGUUACGACCCAUGAAGGCUCUACGUUUACGAAUCGGACUGCGUCAACGAACUUGUUCAGUUUUGUUCUAGUCCUUGGCUCUGCCAUGGAACGAGUAUGGCGUGGCUUUAGUAUGACAAGAAACUGUCUGCUUCCGCCGCUUCAACCUCAUUUUUUGCUGUUCUGCACCCCGUUCGAUUCGGCUCCUAGUGUUUUGUGGCGACUCUUGGCUACGUUUGCCAGGCUCCAAGAGAAGAGAGAAGGGGUAGUUUUCUCCCUUGUGCCUUCAUCCUUUGAACCUGUAUCCUGUGUCUGGUGGGUGACAGUAUGGGUGAGAGGGCAAGGCCACAUAUGGGGGAGGGUUGAUUUCGCGGGGCAAAAAACAGCGCAGGAAAGGUUUAACCGUCCAUUUACUUGUAUGAUAUAGCGAACGUUCCCCAUUUCAAAAGCCACAAUAUCUUUU